AUGCAAAAAUCUAUUCGUACAAAUGAACAUCAAUUAUAUUAUUUGGUGAAUAAAGCUCGUGAAAAUAGUUUAGCUAAAUUAUCUGGAAAUUUAUGGAAGAAAAGUUUAGAUACUAGUAAAUGGCAAUUACGUUACUUCAUACUUUAUCAGAAUUUGUUGUUUUAUUUUGAUGGUGAACGGGCAGAACGACCAUCUGGUGUCAUAUUUUUAGAAAGCUGUUAUUGUGAACCAAAUGUAAAUUUAAAAUCUGGACGAGAUGAUAAAACUGGAGGGCAGCAAGGAAAUUAUUUUACAAUAUCAUUUCGUAAAGAAGGUGUACGUCAAUAUGAUCUACGUGCUGAUACUGAAGAAGAAUGUUUCAUGUGGGUGGAUGCAAUCAAUAGUGCCAGUUUCAGUAAAUUGUUAGAAUUAAAACAAGAAGCUGAACAAAAACAAUUACAUUUAUCACAAAUACUUGAAACGGAACAACGUGCUAAAUGGCAUUAUGUUAAACAAAUUGAAGAAUUAACUGCUGAAAUUAAACAACUUAAAUAUGAAUUCAAUGAAUAUCGUAUUGAUCGACGAUUUAAUGUAGACUUGGAAAAUGAAUCAGAAGAAUUGAGAAAAAUUAAAAAGGUACAAUCAUUUUUUCGUGGUUGGUUAUGUCGACGUCGAUGGAAACAAAUUGUUGAAGAAUAUAUUCGAUCAGAUCAUGCUGAAUCAAUGCGUCGACGUAAUAGUAUUGUAUUUGGUUUAGUUGAAUGUGAAGAUGAAUAUGUUCAACAAUUGUCGAUAUUAGUUACUUGUUAUCUGAGACCAUUUCGUAUGGCGGCUAGUUCAAAAAAACCAAUUGUUAGUCAUGAAGAUGUCAAUUCAAUAUUUUUAAAUGCUGAAGCAGUGCUAUUUUUACAUCAAGUUUUUGUUCAAGGAUUACGUAAUAAAAUGGAGAAUUGGCCAACUUUACAAUUGGGUGAUCUAUUUGAUUUAUUAUUACCAAUGUUGGGAAUUUAUCAAGAAUAUGUACGUAAUCAUCAUUAUUCAUUGCAAGUAUUAGCUGAAUAUAAACAACGUCCAGAAUUUACACAUAUGCUUAAACGUUUAGAAGAGAAACCAUUAUGUGAAGGCAGAUCAAUUGAAUCAUUUUUAACUUAUCCAAUGCAUCAAAUUCCACGUUACAUAAUCACUUUGCAUGAAUUACUUGCUCAUACACCAUAUGAUCAUGUUGAUAGGAAGAAAUUAGAGUUUGCCACAUCGAAAUUGGAACAAAUAUCUCAUAUUAUGCACGAUGAGGUCAGUGAAACAGAAAAUAUACGUAAGAAUUUGGCUAUUGAACGUAUGAUUGUAGAUGGAUGUGAUUUAUUGCUUGAUGUCAACCAAGUAUUUGUACGUCAAGGUACAUUAAUUCAAGUUAUGUGUGAUAAACUGCGUUCAUCUCGUUCAAGAUUAGGCAAUUUCGGAUCAUCAUAUCGUGAAAGAAAAGAAGCUGUACGUCAAGUAUUUCUAUUCACUAAUCAUUUAUUGAUUACUGCACGAACAAAUAAUGGUAAAUUACGAUUGGUCAAAAAUUGUGGUAAAAUUUCAUUGGUUGAAUGCACCUUAGUUGAAGAUACAACAACAGAAUUAUUCAAUAUGGAUGAUGAAGAUCAACUGAAUGUUACAAAUGAACAAGACAAUACACCACACAUGACAAAAAGUAAUAUUGUUCAAUUAUUAAAUACAACACCAUUGACUGUGAAUACUAAUGUUGAAUUAAAUACACGUAAUUCUAUAGCAACUAGUACACUUAAUAUUAAUACUACUACUAAUAAUAAUAUCACUAGUACUACUAAUAGUAGUAAUAUUAGUAGUACACAUGAAUCAGGUCAACAAUUAUCACAAACUAUGUACAAACGUUACACUUGUCCAUAUUCAACACCUAAUCGAUAUACAUAUGUAAAUAAAUCAAGUCAAAUGGAUAUCAUGUCAAAGUCUACAACAGUAACAAAUACAAUGCAACAACAAUCACUAAUCAAUACAACAUCCAUUCCAUGCCUUCCUGCAUUAACUGUCCAACAUACACAUUCUACCUCAUUAGGCUUAGGGACUAACAAUAACAACAAUAGUACUAGUCAGAAUGAGUUGCAUGAUACACUGACAAAAUGUUCUGUUAUACCAGUGUCAAGUGUAAAUAAUCAUUUUAUUAGUACUACUACUACUACUACUGCUACAAUUGACACAGCUUCUACUGUUGUAAUUACUACUACUCCUACAACCAUUACAACAUCAACUAUUAGUAGUACUGCUACUACAAUAACACCUAUAAUAAACACUAAUGUAACAUCUUCUAUCCUAUAUUGUCGUCAUAAUUCCAAUGUAUCCUAUUCCACUAUAACAUCACCAAUAGUUACAACAAUUACAACACCAGAUAUAAAUAUUAUGAAUUCUAGUCCAUUAUCACCAUCAACUAUGCAACAACCGACAAGUCCAUCAGCAUUUUCAAUGUUACAUCGAUUCAGUAAUAAUAUGGGUUUAUUUAAUUCAAUUAAUAAUGCCAAUAAUAAUAAUAAUAAUGAUAAAACAGAUUAUGGUAAUUUAGAUUUUCGUUUAAUAUGGGAACCAAAAAAUGGUCAACCAACUAGUAUAUGGCUUGUUGCAUCAACAUUACAAGAGAAAGCUGCAUGGUGUUCAGAUAUAAGUCAAUGUAUUGAACAAUUGCAUUAUGGUGAUAUUUUGAAUUCAGCUCAAUCGGAUGUUUCUUCUGUAGCAAUGCCUCAAUCUGUUCGAUCAGAUCCAAAAUUGUUCAAAGAUGAUGUGGAUAUUAAAUUCAGUCAUACAUUGAAUUCAUGCAAAGUACCACAGAUUCGAUAUGCAACAGUUAGUCGUUUACUGGAUCGAUUAACUGAUGCCAGAUUCUUAUCAAUUGAUUUUUUAAAUACUUUUCUACUUACUUAUCGUGUAUUUACCACUGGUCUAUCAGUCAUCUGGGCAUUAAAUCAAGUUUUAACAAAUCCAGAUAUUGAAAAUUGUGGGAAUACUGCGAAUUCUAAUCAAAAUCAAUCAUUUACAUACUCACAUUUUGAAAAUCCUGAACAACAUGAUCAAUUAUAUAUGGCUAGACCAUCAGAAGUAUCACUUACUAUCAAUCGUUUACCUGUUUUAGAAGAAACAACACAUAGUAUCAAUGAUGAGAUUUCAUCUAGUCCAAAUUCUAUUUCUCAAACAGAGGAUCAAUUUAAAACAAUCAAUAAUCAUGCCAUGAUAAAUGAUAUUUCCAAUGAAUUUAUGACAACUUUAUCUAUCCAACAACAAGAUUCAUUAAUCAAUUCGGAAAUUCCAAUGAAUUUAUCUAAAUCAACAACCAGUAAUUGUACAACUAAUGAUCACGACAAUAUAUCAUCCAAUAAAUUGCAUAGAAAAUUCAUACCACGUCGAUUAUCUACAUCCGAAACAAAAUGCUCUGGUGUCACAUUGAAUCAUGAUCAGAAUAUAUCAUGUGGAAUAAUGAGUCAAUCAGUUAUAAAUGAUCAUCAUAGUCUAUCAUCAUCAACAUCAUCACCAUUCUCAUUGGAUAAACAAUCUAACAAACAUUUAAUGAAUAAACAUGUUCAAUCAUCUACAAUUGUGACAACUUCAUUACAGUCAACCACAACAACAACAACAACUACUACUACAAGUGUGUUGAUUCCACGUUCACCUGUCUAUAGUAAAUUAAUUGAUUUACGUGAUGAUCCAUUGUUGGAGUUACCAAUUCUGCCAGACUUGAAAACAAAGGAUAAAAAACAAACUCAUACUGAAUUCAAACAAAAUUCGGCCAAAUCCAUUUCACCUACCUUACUUGCUUAUUCUUCCAAUGAACAGAAUGAAUCAGCAAAAUCGAUGAAUGAACAUACACGUUUAGCUCCAUUAGCAUCAUGUGAAGUAAUACCGGAUGAAUCGGAGACAACAAGUUUAAAACAAGACUCAUUGAAUAACAGUCAAAUAUCUGUAUCGACCAGCAACAAUGUUACUGAUAAUAAUAAUAAUAAUAAUAAUAACAGUAAAGAAUAUCAAUCAAAUCCCGGUGAACCGAAUUCUCUCAAUUCUAUGUUACAUAGAAUAACAUGUCAUCAUUUAGACAACCAAUUAGAUAAAUAUAAACAUUUGUCAAUUCAAGGAGAACACUUUAAAUCGGCGGAUGUUUUAACAAUAGGACAAGAAACAGAAAUGGAACAACAACAGUAUAAGCAUAAUUCAUUAGCUAAUAUAUCAAAAUCAGAUAUUGCCAUAUCAAUCUCAGAUGAAAAUCAGCCAAGUGAACACUUUAAAUAUCCACCAACUUCAGAGAUUAAUGAUAACGAUGAGACAAAGAACAAUAUAACAUCUUUAGAUUUGCAUUGGCCAUUAAAUAAUCUCCUUCACAGCAAUAAUCAUCACAAUAAUCAAUGUUUAAAAUUAGCAAAAUCUUCAUCAUCACUUCAUUAUUCAAAUGAUAAUAAUAAAUUGUUAGAGAGUUAUUUAAAUCAAACAGUUGGUUCAUCAUUACUAGCAACAGAAUUCAAUACUGAACGAAUACAACAAACAAGACGAAGUUUUGAUAAUAUCACUGAAGAUAACAUACAACAAAAAGAACCGUCACAAACAAAACAACUAUUGGACGACAAUUCCGCUAAAUUACACAACAAUACUUCAACUAUACAACCAUCUAUUCAAAGAACCUCAGCAUCAUCAAUCAGUACUACUACUACUACUGCUACUACUACUACGACAAGAUACUCUUUAAUUACUGAUAGUUUAGAUUUGGCUACACGUUUAACAGCUUUAACUAAAUCAACAAAAUCACCAAAAUCAUUUAGUGCUUGUCAAUCACUAGCAAAGCAUACAAUGAUUGCUGCAUUGAAUUGUUCUGGAGCUUUUACACAUUUGAAAACAACAUCACCAACAACACCAUGUCAAAGUCAUCAAUCAUUGCAACAAUUUAAUGAGAAUACUACUGCUACCACUUCUACUACUGCUACUACUACUAAUAAUAAUCAUAUUCAAUCAAAGUAUUUGAAUAAUUAUACGGAAUUUAAAAAUAUCAGUAGUCGAUCUUCUCCAUCAAGUCCUAAAAAUUAUUCAACAGAGAUUUAUUCUUCAGAUAUUAAAAAUACAAAACAAUGUAUGAAUAUUCGUGAUCCCUCUCGAGAAAAUGAAAACAAUGAAAUAGAGUCAUUUAAGAAUAUCAAAGAAGUUUAUUCAAAAUUCACUGGUCUUCUCGAAACUUCAUCAAAUAUUAAACAUUCAGUUCAAAAUCAACAAAAACAAAUUGGAGUUAUCAAUUCGAAUAGAACAACAAAUGAACCACAUCAAACUAUUCGUAAGGUUAAAGAGAAAGAAAUGGACAAUUUAGAAAAAACUAGACCAUCCUCAGAGACAAUCCAUUCUUCAUCACCAAGAAACAUACAACAAAUUUCAGAUAUAAUGUUGAAAGAAAGAAAAGAUUCACUUCUUCCUCAACAUUUAGGAAUUGUUGACUGUGCCAGAGGAUCUGUUGUGUCAUGGUCCGGAGUUUCAAAUGUAUCAAAACCUAAACGUCCAUCGGUAUUUUCAUGUCCUGAAGCCGAUAUUGAAUCACCAAGAUCAAGUGUUGUAAAUCCAUCACUCAGUGACAUAGCUUCCAGUAAACGAACUCGCCCGGGAGCAGUGGUCACUUCUUCUAGAAGAUCAAAACGACGAUCGAGUAAUACAGCAGCUGCUCAAGCAUUUGCAGUGGCAACAGCAGGUAGUGCAAAUCCUUUAGCUGCAAUCGGUAUUAUGGGUUUAGGACCGAGUCUAUUUCGUCCAGGAGGUUAUCGUUUCUCUGCUGGUACAGCAACAGCUGCAGCAUCACAAACUGGUCUACGAUCAGGCAUCAAUCCUCAUUCAAAUCCUAUUGUUAAUCAUAGUAAUAAUCCAAGUUGUAGUAAUCCAAAUAUCAUUAGUGCUCAGAAUAGUAGUGUUACGUCUACAGUUUUAAUGAAUCGUUCACAAGUUCAUAAUACUUCUAGCCAUAUUCUUCCAUUAUCUCCUGCUAAUUCUACUAAUCUUAUAUCAUCAACAAUCGUGGGAACAAGUGGAACAACAAUGUCAACAACAACGAUGACCUCAAUGGUACCGACAACACCGACAGCAACUACUACAAUUCGUCCCAAUUUAAACAAGAAUGCAAUGAAUAUCAUCACAACACAACCUGCUGGGACAGUAACAAGUAACAAUUCAACAUCAACUAAUAAUACAAUGAAUUUUCAUUCAUACAAUUUAACAAGUCCAACUUUAAUACAACAAUCAUGUAUUAAUGUUGGAUGUAGUUCAGCAUAUUGUACAAAUCAAGUAAAACGUAAUACAAUGUUAGCAACAGCAUCAUGUUUACGUGUAUUGAAUGUUGUAAGACAUUGGAUAACUAAAUUUCCAGAUGAUUUCGAAAGUGAUCCAGUUUUGAAACGUGAAAUGCAAACUCUAUUAGAUACAUUAGUCACUUGUCCUUAUUUAAUGCCUAAUGAUCAAAAAGUAGCUAAUCAAUUAUUGCUUCAAAUGAUUUCUGAUCAACUUGUGCAAGAUAGAAUUGAUCUUGACAGUAUUUUAACUCCAAGACAAAUCCCGUCGGAGAAAAAUUUUGAUCAAUUGUCUGCAUUGGAUAUUUCAGAGCAGUUAACGUUUCUGGAUUUUCAAAUAUUUCGUUCAAUACGAAGCGAAGAAUUACUCAAUCAAUCUUGGAUGAAAUUAGAUAAAGAAGAGAAAGCUAAACAUGUUCUACUUGUUUGUAAACGAUUUAACGAGGUUAGUCGUCUAGUUGUAUCGGAAAUUAUAUCACGAACCGAUUUGAAUGAUCGAGUUAUGUGUAUUGAUAAAUGGGUAGCUAUUGCUGAUAUUUGUCGAUGUAUGCAAAAUUACAAUGGUGUACUACAAAUUUGUUCAGCCUUAGUCAAUAGUUCAGUGUAUCGUCUCAAAAGAACUUGGGAACGUGUUAGUAAACAAACUAAACAGUCGAUUGAUCGUUUACAAAUUCUUGUUGCAUCCGAUGGACGAUUUAAAUCAAUGCGUGAAGCUUUACACCGAUGUGAUCCACCGUGUAUUCCAUAUCUUGGAAUGUAUUUAACCGAUUUAUCAUUUAUUGAAGAGGGAGCAUUGAAUAUCACAGAAAAUAAUUUGGUCAAUUUUUGUAAAAUGCGUAUGAUAGCUCACGUGAUCAGAGAAGUUCAACAAUAUCAUCAAACACCUUAUCUUAUAACUCAUAGACAAGAAGUUACUGACUAUCUCCUCGAUCCAUCACGUCUGCUUGAUGAAGAACAAACCUAUCAAGCAUCAUUGACAAUUGAACCAAGACAGUCAAUUAAUCGACAACCUCUAUCAGGAUUUACAUAA